AUGGCUACGAUCGAGGAGUUAUGUGAAAACUUCACCAAAGUCGGGUUGAUCCGCGAGUGCAAAAAGCUUGGCUUGCCAGCCAUCGGUGGAAAACGUGAUAUCGCGGAAGAAAUCAUUAACCAUCGGAAUAUGACGAGUUCCGGAUAUAAAAAUGAUGAGGACGAUCGCAGUUCGCAGAAAGACGGCGUGUGUGAGAAAGACGACUCACACACAAAAGACGCGGAACGUGCGGUUGACGGUAUGUGUGAGAAAGACGACUCACACCGCGAUUACGAGGAAAGCGAUGAUGAUGACGGCUCAAGCACCAACGACGAGUACGACGAAGAGGACAACGACGCGAGUGAAAAUGACGAAUCUAAUGAUCUGUACAAGACGGCGAAUGGAACAAAUACUUCUACACCUUUACCAACUCGACGAUGCGCACCACGCCGUAUGAAGGUUUACUCUUUUCGUGAUAUGGAAGAGAGUAUCGAAUCCUUCGGUGCAGAGGAGGGAGAGGACGUACGAUUAUGGCUGAUGCAACUCAAAAGCGUUUGCAAAUCUGCACGAUGGGAUGACGAGCAACAAUUGAUAAUGUGCCGAAAGAAAUUAACUGGAACAGCGAAACGUUUUGUAUUUUCGCUUCGAAGCAGUUUCAGCAGUUUUAAGAAGCUAGAACAAGCGCUGAUAAAAGAAUUUGCCCCACGCGUACGGGCAAGCGAUGUACAUCGUGCGCUGACGAACCGUAAGAAGAAGAAUUCAGAGUCCAUCCGUGAUUAUAUUUACGAGAUGCAACGGAUAGCGCUACCUAUCGAACUCGACGAACCUAGCCUCUGUGAAUAUAUAGUAAACGGUAUUACGGACGAUGAACAUCACCAAACGAUGUUAUACGAAGUACAAAGCAUCGAACGGCUGAAGAAGAAAUUGUUUAAUUUCGAAAAGGUGAUGAAGAAUUCCAAGAACAAACCCAAACGAGACGAUAUAGGAAGCAGAAAAGAGAGAACACGUGUCGCUGAUAAGGACAACAAAGUGAGCAGGAAACAAAACUGUUACAAUUGUGGUGAAGCAUCACAUGUUUCCGCGGAAUGUCCGCAGAAAGCCGAAGGCCCCAAAUGUUUUUCGUGCAACACGUUUGGGCACAGAGCACGCGAAUGCACGAAAGGUGGCACGAAAGUGAAACAGAAUGUGCUGAUUUGUCGACCAAGAGUAGAAUCUGUUCACAGUGACGUCAUUCCUGCAAGUGACGCUAAUCGCGAAGACGAUUAUACAUCACGGCUGCUGUCUGGAAAACUAGCAGGAUUGCAAAGAACGUUCAUACCAGUGAGAGUAGGACCGGUAGUUGUGAACGCCUUGUUUGAUACCGGCAGUCCAAUGAAUUUAAUGACGAACUACACCUACGAAAAGAUUGGGAAGCCGUGCCUAUCCACCACUACAAUGAUACUUAAAGGUUUUGGCGGCAACGAAAUCGCUGCAGAGGGUGUUUUUAAGAUUGAUGUGUGUAUUGGUGACAGCCAAUACCGCGACGUGUUUUUCUAUCUAGUGCCAAAUAAAUGCAUGUCUUUUGCGGCUGUACUCGGAACGGCGUCACUUGAAUAUUUCGAUGUGAAAGUGACUACGGACGGGGUGGAAGUGUGUAAGAAAGACGAAUAUGAAAUUAUGGGGAUCAUGCCGUAUGACAGUGAAAUCGACGUACCGGAACGAUAUUCAAAUGACAUUAAAGCCCUAAUUUCGAACUAUGAUCCGAGUAAAGAGGUAAAAAGCACAGUAGAAAUGAAAAUUAUUCUCGAAGACGAACACCCGGUGCAAACCAACCCAAGACGGUUUGCCCCUAAAGAAAAGGAGGUACUAGAAAGAACAGUGAACGAGUGGUUGCACGCAAAUAUUAUACGAGAAAGUACCAGUGAUUUUGCUGGUCCUGUAGUGCUUGCGAAGAAAAAAGAUGGUACGAUGAGGGUUUGCGUGGACUAUCGUGAGCUUAACCGAUAA